UUAGAGAAACAAAAAUAAAAGAGUUCAUCAAAACUUGAAGAAGGUUUAAGAUUGAAGAGAGAAAGAGAUGGGAAAUAGUUUAAGGUGCUGUUUGGCUUGUGUUCUUCCAUGUGGAGCUCUCGACUUGAUCCGUAUAGUCCAUUUGAAUGGAUUUGUAGAAGAAAUGACAGGUCCACUCACAGCCGGUGAGAUUCUUAAGGCUAACCCUAAUCACGUCUUGAGCAAACCUUCUUCUCAAGGAGUCGUCAGAAGAAUCGUAAUCCUUUCGCCGGAGUCCGAGCUCAAACGAGGUAGCAUUUACUUCUUGAUUCCAUCCUCUUCUUUACCAGAAAACAAGAAAAAAUGCAAUUCCAACAACAAAAAACCCUCAAAAAAGACCAAAAGAUGUUACACUAUUGAUCAAACUUCACCUUGUGAGCGUUACCUAACGGACGCUAUCUCAGAAAAUAAGUCUUCACGUCGAGAUCGCCGCAACCGCGGGCGUGUCACCGUAUGGCAGCCUCAUCUGGAAAGCAUUUCAGAAGACUAACAAUUUUUUUUCCGGUACCGGAAUCUCACAUCUCCGGGGAUGAUUAUUCAAUGGGGAUGUUCUUUUUUUUUUUUUUUUUUUAAUGUAUGUGUGGUUAAUGUUUUGUGGAUAUAUUUUGCUUCACUUCUUUUAGUUUUUUCGGGUCUGCAUAUAAUUUAUGGCAGAUUCGGAAUUUCAACCACUCAUGAGGUGAUGAUCGAUCCAUUUGGUUCAACAAAAGUUCAUGACAAAGAAAUGUUAAAAUUCCUAGUAAUGGAAUUGUAUUU